GAUGUGGUGCAUCUGUGAAGAGAGGAUACACACUGUUUGUUUGUUUGUUUGUUUGUUUGUUUUUUUGGAUUAAACUGAUUUACACAUUUGAAACGUCAUCGAUAGUUGAGUCGAAUCACAGAUCAAUAUGGGCCCGAGGGCUGAGGGAGGACGGAGGAGCUGAACACGCAGUGCCGGAUGAAGCUCUAUGAAGACUCUAAGCGGGCUUCCAAAAGAAACAAGAAAAAGAAGCCUAGCUGCAGAAAAUGACUGAAAACCAGCAAUCUGAAGCUAGAAAACAAACUGAAGAAUUGUCAGUUUAAGCAACAGAGUUCAGCUAAGAAACAACGCAAAGAACAGAGGAAGCUUCGGCAAGCCAUUACCGAUGUCUCCCACAAGACCCUCAAACCCCUGGAGCGCUAUAAGAAGAAACCAGAGUAGGAAGAGGAGGAGGAGGAGUUCCUGGAGUCUCUGCCUGUAGACAUGAUGGACGAGGAUGAUCUAGAACAGAUCAAAGCCUUGGCAAAGAAAGCUUCCUUUCUGACUCGAGACAUCUCAUCAUGCGCUCCAGUACAUGCCAAAAAGCGCAAGACUGAACAGCCGGUGGAGAAGUAUGAGAAGAUGCCCAGGAAGAUGCAGCAGGAGGAGCAGAAAGAACUCCUUCACCUGCUUCCCAUCAAAGACAAGAGCGGCCUGAUCCCUCAGAGCAUGGAGAAACCCGUUGUGCCGGAGGCGGAGGAAGAGGAGGAACCAGAUGACCAGGAUGAAUUAACAAACGAGGAGGAACCAGAGACCGGCCCAUUGUUAACCCUUCAGGAGCAACUAGAGCUUCGUACUCGGAGACUGACGGAGAAGAAACUGCGCAUCGCAAGUCUGUCAUCAGCAGUACUCGCAGAUCCACAUGUGAAUAUCAAGAAGCUGAAGGAGUUGAGGGCCAUGCUGAUGGAGACGGACCCGUGCGUCGCCGUCACGGUCAGAAAGCUAGUCAUGGUGUCCCUCGCCGAGGUCUUUAAGGACAUUGUGCCGUCAUAUCGAAUCCGACCACUGACGGAAGAGGAGAAAGCCACAAAGGUGAAAAAAGAGACGCUGCAGCUGAGGGAGUUUGAGGAGGGUCUCGUCAGCCAGUAUAAGUUUUACUCGGAAGAUCUGGAACAGACAAUCAAAGACUGGAAGCAGAAGAAGCAGAAGAGAAGUCAAGCCGUGUCUCUUCAGAGUUAUAAAGGUCUUGCUGAAGUGGCCAUCAAGUGCGUCUGUGAUCUGCUGGUAGCUCUGCCACACUUCAAUUUCCACAACAACAUCAUCGUCAUGGUGUUGCCUCUGAUGAGCAGCCCCAUCAGGAAGGUAUCUGAGGUGUGUUGUGAAGCCGUUGGCAAACUGCUGAAGCAGGAUAAGCUGGGUCAGGCCUCGUUGGCGGUGGUGAAGGUCAUCUCAGGCAUGGUCAAGGGCAGGAACUACAACGUCAAACCUGAGGUGCUGAACUGUCUCCUCUGUCUGAGAAUCAAAGAAGUGGAAAUGAAGAGAGAUACUGAAGAUACUGCGCCCAAAAAGACGUUCAUGUCCUUCAAGGAGAAGAGGACUAAUUUGUCCAGGAUGCAGCGGAAGUGGAAGAAAGCAGAGGAGAAGCUGCAGAAAGAACUUCUAGAAGCUGAGGCUUCAGAGAGCAAGGAGAAGAAAAUUCAAUUGCACACAGAGACGCUGAACAUUGUGUUCCUCAUCUACUUCAGAAUACUGAAGAAAGCUCAGAAGUCCAUCUUACUGCCCUCCGUUUUAGAAGGUCUUGCGAAGUUUGCUCAUUUGAUAAACUUGGAGUUCUUCAAUGAUUUGUUGGUGGUGCUGUAUGGCCUCAUCACAUCGGGUGAUCUGACGUAUCGCGAGAGCCUUCACUGCAUCCUCACAUCCUUCCAUAUCCUCUCAGGACAAGGUGACGUCCUCAACAUCAACCCUUUGAAAUUCUACAACCACUUAUACAAAACCCUGCUGACGCUGCACGCAGCCGCAGGAGGAACGAAUGAGGAGACGGCGAUCGUGCUGCAGUGUCUGGACGUCAUGCUGACCAAACGCAGGAAGCAGGUGACUCUGCAGAGGGCGCAGGGCUUCCUGAAGAGACUGAGCGCGCUCGGUCUGCACCUGCUGCCUGACUCCUGUGUGGGCAUCCUGGCGGCCAACAGAGCGCUGAUGCAUACCUUCCCUAAGUGUGACAUCCUGCUGGAUAAUGAAAUGCAGGGCAGUGGUGUGUAUCUGCCGGAGCUGGAUGUGCCUGAAUACUGCAACCCUCAGAACACGGCACUGUGGGAGCUUCACUUACUGAAGAGACACUUUAACCCCCCGGUGAGGAAGUUUGCUGCUCAUCUGAUGAAAGGUGCCCCUAGUGAAGGUUCAGGUGCUCUCAGCAUGGAGCUCAGCAGAAAGUACAGACACAACAGCCUCUUUUCAUUGGCUCAUUUUGAUUUUUUUGUUUUUUUAAGGUAUUGCAAUAUUUCGUUGUAUUUCUGCAGGACUCCAGUGUUAAAGACAUGACCUUCAGUCCUCCUGUAGCAGGGCCUCCCUUAAAGAAAAAGGUCUCCGUUUCCAUCUAACUAACAAUGCUUUAAACAUUUCUGUUGUUAGUUUUAUUUUCUAAAUAUUUUGUCCUCUUGUGUUGCAGGAACAUUUCACAAUCGGUGAUGUGUUUUCAGAUUCUGAGCUGAAGACGCAGAUUGAUGCUGCUCUUCAAAACGGGAGCGAGCAGACGAGUCUAGACUUCACAUCACAACACACACAGCAGGACACAUGAAUGAAUGUAAAUUAAGAGCUGAAAUGCUGUUGUGUAUCCAUUUGUGUAAAAUACCAGCAAUGUCUUUACUGACAA